AUGUCAUCUCCCGAUAGCUUCGAGACGAGGCUCUCCGCGGUGCUCACGGUGGCGACGCAAGUCGUGGCCUUCCGCAGUGCUCAGACGGACCAGAUGGACAGUCUACGCAACCGAUUAGUUGACCAAGCGGAAAGCUUGUUGAACUCAACAGGAGUCACAGGCGUCGUUUUCAACGCAACCGCGGAAGAUGGAUGGCUGAUCCCCGACGACCUGCAGCCGAUCUUGGUUCCCAUCCUCGCGGCCGUCAGCUCCCUGCUCGUGGCCGUCUUGCUACGUUUCCAGUUCUACUUCCGGUGGGCGAAACUGAUAGGUGCCGCCGCGCAGCUGGAGUCCCAAAUCUUUCAGUUCAGGGCCCACGCGGGCAACUACCGCCUCAUGGGCCCCGUGGAGGACGUGGAGGGCGGGGAUGCCGCGAUGAGGUCCAAGAACUCCCGGGAGCUCCACGCGCGCCAGCUCUUCAAGCAGCGCUGCGAGGUCAUUCUCCGUGGGGUCGGCUCCUUGGGAUUGAGGAGAGUGGUGACGCUCACCACACUUACCUGGGGCAACGGCAACGCGGCAAGUGACCGGGAGGAGCAGAUCAUGAUGCUGCAGAGGCAACCAAGGCACAGGUACUUGAACCGGUUGUGCUGCUGCAAGAGAGAGGCUGGGAGCGAAGUGGUGCCUGAAGCACUUCUGUUUGAAGCGGUCUCCGGUCGACACAGGAACGGUCGGUACAGGAAGAGCAAGAUGGGAGACUCCGACCAGCUGGGCUGCGGCUGCCUCUCAGUGGAUGAGUACUUCCGACUCCGUUUCAGCCCGUGCCUUCACGACAUGGAGGAGGACGUGGCUUGCCUGGGCUGCAUCGUGAAGCUCGGCGACCUGAUCAGCAUUGGGCUGACGGUGGCAAGCACCGUCUUUGCCACCUUCGGGUUCCCCUUUGUGACUGCAGUCCUCGUGGCGGUGGAAGUUGCGCUGCAGGGCCUCAAGAAGCAUUUUGCUUGGCUGCCACGGCUCAAUGUGGCCAUCGCAGCUGUCGAAGACUUGAGGUGCUGUGAGCUCGAGUGGAAUUCUGCCGAGCCUUUGCCCAAACGGCUCCCGAACAUGCUGAACCAGAUUGUCAGUAGCACCGAGCACGCGAAGCUUCAGCAUGUUCACGCAGCCACUGCCGGCAGCUCCGCUUUGAAUCGCACAUCUGCCCCCGAGUGA